AUGCAAAGACUCCAUCCCUUACGAAUAUGUAAGGACCAUGGAAAACGUCUUCAGUCCACGAUCGCCACGCCGGACAAGCCACCACAGGAUGUAGAAUCCCUCAGGAGCACUCUCAGAGGAACAGUUCCCAAACAUCAAUCCUUACUGCUUUUACACACAAAAACACCAACAACCGAAUGGCCUUCACUUAUUCAACACCUUUCCCCUGUGAUUGGCGAGGUUUUACUCCACCAGAAGGAGUUUCAAAGUAAAGUCUUGUUAUGUAAUCCUAGAGACAGAACUAUGAACAGGAAAGCCGUUCAUUUGUUGCCCAACCCGUCUCAGGCAGAGAAACACUUCACUGCUACGUUGUUUACGAAGUUGACAGAGCCUCUCGACAUACCCGUAUUUCAGAGGGAGGAUAUUCCCAAAUGGGUUCGCUUGUUUAAAGAGAGGACUCAGGAUGGUAUUGACCUACAGAAUAUGCUCCAUGGCCCAGAGCAAGCUCGCAGUAUGAUGCGGUCCUCUUUUAAAAGUCAAGAGAUAGACAAGGCGCGAAAGAAGUUGAAAAAGUUAUGGGUACUCGUUUGCACACACGGUUCAAGGGAUUGUCGAUGUGGUGAACAUGGUCCUCAGGUUGCAGAUGCAGUUCAGAAAUACAUCUCAAAGAAGCGGUUGGAAGAAACAGUAGUUUGCGGGGAAGUUUCUCACGUAGGUGGACACAAGUGA